AUGCAACAUAUUAUUGAUCGAUAUUACAAUUUAUCAUCAAUACACAAAGCACUCGUCUAUGACCAAGAAUGGUUCAAAGAAACAAAAACAACUCGUGAUACAACAAAAUCUUCGACGCUAACUGGUGAUUUAACCAAAUCAACAUCAAAGAUCUUUGUGACUAAAACUUCAAUUACUUCACAACCAGCUGGUUCGAAUCUUUCUACAAAUAAUGAAUUUAACAAUGCGCUGGCGAGUGAAUCAAUAGUUUCUACAACAAGUCAUCAACUAGUUCCAGUCACAGAUCGUGCUAUCAACAGUAAUUCGAUGACGACUCAAGCAACUACUUCAGCGACACGACAUGUUGAUACGUCAAAAACAACAGAAAUAAGUGUUUGUACAUCGUCAUAUCUAUCGACUACGACAAUCCAACAAAACACUACAUCAAUAAUGAUCAAAUCAACGAAAGCUACAACAUCUCACCAAAUCAUUUCAACUGAACAUCAAUCGUCUAGCACAAUGACGCCGGAAUAUGUCACCUUCAAUACAGAAAACAGUAUUUGGCAAACCAAAUCUAAGUGUAUGCUUUUGAGUACAGUUUUUUGUCUGCUUGUGUGUUCAACUAAUUUCUGA